AUGAUGUUGUUUCUUGCUGGCCUCGUUUGUUCCUCCUAUGUCACGGCAGCCUAUGCGGCGCUGGAUCCCAGGCUUGUUGGCACCUGGUCCACGAAAUCGAAACAAGUGAUCACCGGUCCGGGGUUCUACGAUCCGAUUAGAGACAGAUUCAUCGAGCCAGCGAAUACGGGAAUAUCAUACUCCUUCACUGCCGAUGGAUAUUUUGAAGAAGCGCACUACCGCGCGUUGUCGAAUCCGAGUGCACCGGCAUGUGUUGCUGGCUUCAUGCUAUUUCAACAUGGAACAUACAGCGUCGAGGCCGACGGAUCCCUCAUCUUGACUCCAAUCGCGGUGGAUGGUCGCCAGCUUAUUUCGAAUCCCUGCAAAGGCAAGAAUUCUGAGUACUUUAGAUUUAACCAGACGGAGACGUUCAAGCGAUUCGAACCGCAGACCGACCGCUUUCACAAUGUGAGACGCCUAAAUCUCUACAAGCAUGAUGGAUCUCCGAUGAAUCCAAUGUUCCUCGUUCACGAACCUCCGCAAAUGCUACCCACGCAAACAUUGAACCCAGUCGUCACAGCCACCCCAACAGGGAGAAGGGCUAAACGCAGCUUUUUCUACGGCAACGAUCACCCUCUCACCCACGAUAAACGUUCAUUUUCCGAGCCUACUGGACUCCGUAAACCUGAGAACUGGUUAUGGGCUGGUAUCAUCAUGACUGCCUCUGGGGGAGCUGCAUUCCUUUACUCCGCUGGCUUUUGGUUGCGUUAG